UGAGUAUGAAUAAGAAGAACUAUUCCCCUCACUUCUUUUGUGUCUUUCCUCCUCCAAUCCUCUCUUGUAGUUGCUUACAUUUUCAUUAGUUUUAUAACACGUUAUCAGCACGAGACUCUUCCUUUUGAAAAGGUUAAAUUCACAAUUGUUCUGCUCAAGGUAUGUCGAUUCUCCCAAAUUGUUUCUUUUAUUGUCCUAUUUCAAUUUACAUAAUUUCAUUUAUUAAUCAACACAUGAAAUCUUUGUUUGAGAAUGCAAAGGUAUAAUUUCCUUCUUAAUAUUUUUUUUAUUUUGAAAUUCGAAUUUAUUUAUAUAUUUGUAAAAAUAUCAAAUUGAUAUAUCAUGGGUCACAUAAGUCGUUUGUCUUGAUAGUAAUCUAUAUUUAUUUAUUUAAUUUUGACUUUAAUUUGUGUAUAUUUUUUUAUGAUAGUAUGUCGAACCUUUCAAAGCUUGAGUUUGUGGCUCUUGAUGUCACUGGAAAGAAUUACCUAUCAUGGGUGCUAGAUGCUGAAAUUCAUUUAGCUGCCAACGGUCUUGGAGACACGAUUAAAGAGGGCAAUGAAGCAUCAGAUCAAGACAAAGCUAAAGCAAUGAUCUUUCUUCGACAUCACCUCCACGAGGGAUUGAAGAAUGAGUAUCUUACGGUCAAAGAUCCACUUAUUUUGUGGACUAAUUUGAAGGAGCGGUAUGACCACCAAAAAACUGUGAUUCUUCCUAAGGCUCGUUAUGAUUGGAUGCAUUUGAGGUUACAAGAUUUUAAAUCUGUGAGUGAUUAUAAUUCGGAGCUAUUCAAAAUAACCUCACAACUACUGUUAUGUGGAGAAAAUAUUACUGAUGAAGAUAUGUUGGAAAAAACAUUCUCCACUUUUCAUGCAUCCAAUGUGCUCCUGCAGCAGCAAUACCGUGAGAAAGGUUUCAAGAAAUAUUCUGAGCUGAUUUCUUGUCUCCUUGUUGCUGAACAAAAUAAUGAGCUCCUAAUGAAAAAUCACCAAUCUCGUCCUACUGGUGCCGCCCCAUUCCCAGAAGCGAAUGCGGCGACGUUCACCCAAUAUCCUUAUGGGCAAAUACAUGGACGUGGACAUGGACGAGGACGUGGGCGUGGUCAUGCUCAUGCUCGAGGUCGUGGCCGUGGCCGAGAUCUUGGUCGUGGUAAUGGUCGUGGUGAAAGUUCCAAAAGCUCAUUUUUCCCCAGAAGUGAAAAAAAAUGAUGGUAGGAGAAGCAAGGAACAAAGUGUUCAUGGUAACAAACACGUCGAAAAUGUGUGUUACCGUUGUGGUGGAAAAGGUCAUUGGUCUCGUACCUGUCGUACGCCAAAACACUUGGUUAACCUCUACCAAGAAUCAUUGAAAGGGAAGAAGAUAGAAACCAAUUGUAUUUUUGAGGAAGAUGAUUCAGGAAAAGACUAUAAUGAUGCUACUCAUCUAGAUGUGUCCGACUUCUUUGCCCACCCUGAAGGAAAAAUAGAUCACCUGAUUGGUGAUGGGAAUGUUCGCAAGUGAAAAACUUAGCAUUUCCAUUUGAAAUUUCUAUUUCGUUGUCGCUUUGUUCACAAGUGAAAAGUUUGGGUUUCCCAUUUGAAAUUUCACUUUCUUUGUCGUUUUCCUUGAGUGUGUUUUUCCUAUUAAUGUGUCAGUUUAAUAUAAUUUCUCUUUAUAAUCCUUAUGUGGUUAAAUUUCAUCUAUUAUAAUCAUGUUAUUAUUUUUAUAUUUGUUUGGAGAUAUUUUCUUAUAUUGAUUUACUUUCUAUCUUUUGUGAAGAAUGAAUAUUCCCAUGCUUGGCACCAAGAUAAAAAACCAUGAUGUGUGUCUUAUUGAUAGUGCAUCGACACAUACAAUCUUGAAGGAUAAGAAAUAUUUUUCUCAUCUUGAAAUGCGAGAAGCAAAUGUUAGUACUAUAUCUGGAAGUACAAAUCUAAUUGAAGGCUCCGGAAGAGCUAGUGUAUUGUUACCAGAAGGGACCAAGUUGUAUAUCAAUGAAGCCUUAUACUCUUCAAAGUCUCAAAGAAAUUUAUUGAGUUACAAAGAUAUUCGCCGAAAUGGAUAUCAUAUUGAGACAAAGGAAGAAGAGAAUAAAGAGUAUAUUAUGAU